AUGAGCGACGCUUCGUUGGUCUAUGUCCCGUCGGAGCAGCGGCGCCCGGUGCGCCGCCGGCUGCCCAGCUUCUUUCCCGACGCGGGCAACCGCGAUGUAUGGCGCAGGCUAGUAGGCUGGGAUGCCGUCGACAACGGGCUGCAGGCGGUGCGCUUUGUGCUGCUGCUCGUCGACGCGCACUAUCGCGUUGCGCCGCCCCGCACGCCGUGGGCCAAGGUCCGGCGCCCGUCGGUGUAUUUGCUCACACAGACGCUGUCGAAGGCUUCGCGCGUCGCCCUCGGCAAGUGGCUCAUGAUUGUCAGCGAAGGCGUCGCAAACGUGCGCCGCAUUGCGCUGAUGGUCGUCUGGGCCUUUUCCGGCGUGUCUCACCUGCUCCGGCGGAGCAAGGCGGAGGAGGAGGAGGCACCGACCGUGACGGAGCGCUUCGAGACGCUCGGCGAGGUGCUCGGCAACGUCGCCGAGACGUGCGACGUCGCCGCGUUCCUCUCUGGCUCCGGCCUUUUUUGGGGCGUGUUUGGCCUGCGGCGCGAGCCGCGGGGGUGGGUGCAGCGCCGCCGCCGCGGCAUCGAGCGCGUCGGGACGUACGUCGGGCUCCUCACGCUCGUCGUGCAUGUGUACGUCCUCGCGCGCCGCAACCAGGAGAUCGCCGAGGACAUGGGCGAGAGCGUUAAGACGAUGCAGAUGCAGCUCGAGCAGUACGACGCGGCGGUCCAGCACGACGCGGCUGCGCCGCCGAGCGUCAAGGAAACCGUCACGCAAGAGUACAAGGACUAUGUGCUGAACCGCCGACGCCUGCGGUGGCUCGGUAUCGAGCGCACCUGCCUGUACUGCGACGCGUCCUUUACGCUCUUUGAGGCGUGGGCGCCCGAUGCGGAGAAGGACCUGCUCGAGGCGUCCACCGGCCUGCUCGCCGCGGUGCUGCGCCUGCUGCGCCUGUGGAACGAGGCGCGCUUCGGGGCACUCGAUAUUUGA